UGACCAACCAACAAACAAACCUUCCUUCCUUCCUUCCGACCUCUCGCCCGCAGCCGCAGGGACUGGACGACGCUGGGAGAAGAGAAGAGAAUCGCCCGAUCCACGCGCGGCGGAGCUAGGGUUUCCGCCCCUCGGCGCCGCGGAGCGAUGGCUACGUCGGCUCAACGGAUCGCUCUCACCGUCUCCCUGUUUGGUGUCUUGGCCUUCCUGCUUGGUGUCAUUGCAGAAAACAAAAAGCCUCCUUAUGGAACUCCUAUCAAAGGAAAGGAUGUUGUCAUCUGCAAGUUCCCGAGUGACCCAACCAUUGCAAUGGGAAGCCUGUCCCUUGUGGCACUUGUAUUAGCUGCUAUCAUUGGACAUGUUGCCAUCUUUUACCCGUACAAGGGCAAGUCAGUUCCUCGUGGAGCACUAUUUCAGAGCACCAGCUUGUCUGUAUUCUUCGUCGUUGCUGAGCUAGUGUCAGCUCUGGCUUUUGCGAUGUUGCUCUGGGCGACAAUCACGGAGGGGCAUCAUCGCACCAGUAACAUCCACCAUGACAUGGAUACCCAGUGCCCUACCGCAAAGACUGGCCUCUUUGGAGGUGCCGCUUUCCUGGCCCUUGAUGCUGCUCUGUUCUGGCUUGUUUGCCAGAUGCUGGCCCUCAAUGCAAGGGCUGACUAUCUGGAUGAGGAUGAUGAUGAUAAGGGUGAAUACGGCCAGGUUUAUGCUGCUGAUGCUGAGGGCUCAAAGGUCUGAGUUGGUCAUCCGCAGGACUUCAUAAUUAGCGUCAGUCAGAUAUAUUUAGAUACAUUAUGUCUUCGUGAAAGCCGGUUUGGCUCAAAAAGUUGUAGAUAUGUCAUGUCAGUCUCUCAGUCGUACAUAAGAUUAUUGCUCAUCCCGAUAUCAGAUCUCGGAUUGAACAAUAAACUGCACUCUGGUUUGCUACUUCCUUCAGUGAAGUAAAGUAUGGUGUGAUCGAUCAAUUGUUUUACUGCUCCAAUUUAUGUUCGGUUUGUCUGGGAUUGUAAUUCUGGAAGGUUGUUUCCAGAUACCAGUGAUUCUGAAUCUGCGUGCUGCUUAGGAAGCAACUGGGUUACUUUACAUUCUCUACACAA